AAUUGCUUAUAUUUUAUACAAAAGAAAUAAUAAUAUUAUCCUUCGUAGUAUACUUCGUAAUAGUUUAUUUAUAAAUAGUUGUUAUUGAUUUUCUGUGUUAAAAAAAUGUUAAUCAGAUUCAAACCUUUUUGUGAGUUCAGAUUUUAGUUACUCACUAAUGUCUAAUACUCUGAUUUCGGAAUACUAAACAUGAGUAUGAUAUUAUGUGAAGAUAAUGUAUAUUUUAUUGAUCACAGAGAUUUUAUUUCCACAAUAUACAAAAACGUUUCAUUUGACUCGGACAAAACCAGAAAUCUUAGUCUUACAAACAAAUUGUUUUGUAUAAAAAGUGAUAGUAGCAAAGAAGUAGUUUCAAAGAAAAGGCCUCGAAUAAGUACAGAAAUCAUUGACGAUGCAAACAAAGUAAAACAAAUGUAUAAUAAACUAAUUAGCAAGCUACAACCGGAUAUGAUUAAGGAAACUCAUGAUAAGUACAAUGUAAGUGAUACGUCUUCAGUAAGAAAUCUGUCACAAGCUUACUUUGAGUCAACUAUAUUUGAUCAUGCUGGUGUCAGUGGCGGGAACAACUCUGAUAAGCCCCUGAAGUGCAAAAUUAAGGAUCAAUAUUUUCUUAUCCCUGAACAGAGUAGAUUCUUAUGUGGAGAUGUAAGCGACCAAUGUAGAAAGCUUAUUGGUAAUAAAUAUGACAUUAUUGUAGCUGACCCUCCUUGGUGGAAUAAAUAUAUACGAAGACUGAAGGGAGCUAAUGAAAAGCUCGGCUAUUCAAUGAUGUACAAUGAAGAUAUCGCUGAUAUACCAGUUAAGGAGCUCAUGUCCGAGAACUGCUUGGUUGCUGUGUGGUGUACCAAUGCACCCAGCAAUAUAACUGCUGUUAAAGAUAAGAUUUUUCCUCAGUGGGGCGUGGAGUAUGUAGCUACAUGGUACUGGCUGAAAUUAACAAUAAAUAUAAAACCUCUUUGUGUAUUCGGAUCUGGAUGUAAAAAACAACCAUAUGAAAGAAUUAUUCUCGGUAAAGUUGGUAAUAUAGAAUUACCUGAUGAUGUUUUAGUGGCCAGUAUCCCAAGCGCUUUACAUUCACAUAAACCACCUCUACAAGAAUUAUUGACAAAUUUUAUCAAAACCGAUGAGCCGCAAUUUUUGGAGUUGUUUGCAAGGUACCUUCUGCCUAGAACAACUAGUAUUGGUUUAGAGCCUUUGAAAUGGCAACAUAUAUCAUUAUAUGAAGAAACGUGACAUAUUAAAUUUUUACAUGUUGUACCUAAAUAUUCCUUAAAUCCGUAUUAGUUUUUUAGCAAGUCAUAUUUUUAUACAUCAAUAGUACUAAAGGUGAAGCGUGGAGAAAGAAAAAAAUCAUAAUUAAAUAGAAUACUUAUUUAUUAAAUACAUAGCUAUGUGUAAAGAGGUUGAUUGUAUUAAAUUAACUUUUUCCAUUGACUACAAUGACGGUUGUUUUAUUCUUCUUGGGAUAGCCAUCAGGAUUCAUGGUUUGCCAUCUCCAAAAAUCUGUACCUGUUAUAAUGAAUGAGAUAAUUUCAAA